AUGCGCGGCUGUGAUAAGGGGCUUCGCUUAGUCAGCGGACGACAUCCCGACGACCUGCCAGUGGACGCGUCCUCCAGUCAAGAUCCUGGCCAGACCACGCACCAACCGCCCAAGCCCGGCCAACCAUCCGUCUUCGGCAUCAAGAUCAAGCCAGCAUCUCCAAGUCCGGCGCAUCACAUCCGGCCAGGUGGUGAUAUCAGGAACCCCGGGCUGAACACGUUGCUAGACUGGGCUGGGCUGGAUUACACUGGACUGAACUGGACGGAACUGGACAAUCUGAAUUGGAUUGGACCGGUGCCCUGCGAUCUCUGGCGGCGCGCGAAUAUCCUGCUAGUACCUUCUACUGAAGUUCUCCUUACCUCCCGCGACCGCGAGUCUGGUGCCCUAUACUCAGAUCUAGCUGGAUCUGAGGAGUUUCUUGGAAGCCAUGUCUUGCGAAUACCAGCCAACCACGCGACAGCGGGAGGGAAGGAUGCGCCGAACAUGCGAGAGAGUCGGGGGAAGGCAAAACAAUUUACAACCAUCAAUGGCAGGACGGUAGUGGUCAAGGAUGCAUAUGUCUACAGCAACAAGGGAUUCAAAACUCUCAACCAGGCGCAAUUCUUGACAGAUACUUUAUGGUACCCAGAUUCGUUGGAACCGAGGCAAUGGCUGAUAUACUACAUCUCGAGGCCCCUGCUGGGAAUAUUCGAAGAGGUCAACAUUGCAACAGCGACCGUACCGAAGCUCUUUCCGACGGGCAGCAGGCCACUCUUACCACCGCGGCUAGCAUCCCUUCCAGAUUCGCCUACGUCACCAAAUAGUCUACCAAAGAAGAAAGAUAUCCAGUCAUUUCAUGACCUGUUCAAUAAUUUUCCCAUGAUCGCGAGGCAGAUGCAGCCAGGUCUGGAGAAGCUGUUCAAGGAAUUCAAUAUGGUCUUUGAUAAGCCACUACCCCCACCGCCAUCUGCAGAAGUUAUUCCGGAUCCCUUACCAGACGGGCCUAUCGCAAAAGCAAUUAAGAAUGUGCGAUCAAACAGCACCAGUUCGGCACCAAGUAUGCGGCCGAAUGGCCAUGCAGGUCGACGAGGUAUGGAAGACUUCUUUGCCGAGGAAGACGAGGAUGUUAUGCGAGGAGCCUUGGAGACUGCGGUGACAUCUGCCAUAGAUUUGUUCCAAAUGGUCGACAAGCAACAAUUAUCUUUACUAGGAGCUACCACAGAUCUCACCGGGCCUGUCGUAGAGCGCCUGAUUGAGAGAUAUGUGGCCGAGCAGGUUCACCAUACCGUACUUUACCCGAGAUUAUGUGCUAUGAAGCGACCCGAGGAUAUCGACCUGGAGUCGAAAAUCAGACAAAUGGAAUUUGUUGACAUUUCGCAAGUCGGCAUUCUUAUCCAAGGCGGGCAAAGGGGCAAACACGAAUUGACGCUAAGGCUGGGCCGGGCCGUGGAGGAAUUUCGAAAAUUGGGCAGCGCCGGCAGUCCGCAACAAAUGAUGGAUAUCUUGUUGUUGACUCUGAAAACUGUCACCCAGCUCACAGAGGUUCCGAAAGUUGCUGCCAAUGGCGCUCCUCCAUCCUUUGAGAAAUCCAGUCCUGUUUUGACCAUUAACGCCGACACACUGGUAUCGCUGCUUCUGGUUGUCGUGAUCAGGUCCCAGGUCAAAUACCUCCAAGCUCGCCUGUUAUACAUGCGCCACUUUAUCUUCAUUGAUGAUGUUGAAAGUGGGGAGAUGGGCUACGCACUUAGCACUUUUGAAGCUGUCCUAUCAUACCUGGCACGAGACUCUGGAGGCCUACGGAAGGCAAGCCGGAGGAAUCACAAGUUAUGGCAAGCUACGAAGAAGGGAGACAUCAAAGAUAUGAUCGCUAUUAUGGAGCCAGAGAAGGACCCUUCAUCCGACGACGAAACUAUCAUCGAAUAUUUGGUCGAUGAAAAUACCCCUUGGAAGUCGUCGAAUGGCCACGCGAGACGGACAUCCUCGAAGUCAAGCGAAUCUGGCAGAUUAUCACAAGCCUCAACCCUCAAUCACGUGUUUCCGUUUCAGAUCAGUCAUGAUGAAGAGGAGGAGCGCCACCCACCCCUACGAAAGCCCAAAUUUGUGACGAUGGAUACGCGAAGCAUGUCUAGCAGCUCUGAGAUGUCGUUCCGAUCGAGAGCGACUACCAUCGACUCCGUGGGUAGUGGUAUAGAAGGCGAUACCUCGAUCGAAAGGCUCUCUCAAACAGAGGAUUCAUUUGGAGAGUCUGUCCCAAUGAUGGCAGUUCAAAAUGAAAGACCAGAAGCUCUAAAGUACCUAUUGACCCUGCGCAACUACUUCCCACUUGAUUACGUUAUUCAGGACACAAAUAAUGAGGGCACAACACUGCUCAGCGCGGCUGUUCAGCUGGGCCACACAGAACUUAUCGACAUCAUCCUGGAAUUUGUCUAUCAAGCCGAAUCCGAGGCGUUGGUGGUUGAAUAUUUGGCAAAACAGGACAUCCGGGGCAGAAGUGUUGCCCAUUACCUGUUCAAUGCUCCGACACUCAUCCCUCGGGUAGGGCGGCUCUUGCCAUGGCGGCAGAAGGAUAGAAAUGGACAAACACCACUAUUUGCUCUCUGUCGAUCAUAUGACCAUGGAAACUAUAGAGCAAUGGUAGAAGCAGGUUUGACAUCGGCUACGAUCUCUCAGGGAGACGGCCAACCGUUACAUCUGGACGACCAUGUUGACGCCAAGGGGAACACCCUUCUGCACAUAGUCAAUGAUCCUCAGGUGGCGCUGCGCAUCUUGCUACAUUGUGAUUCGGACGUCAACGCGACCAAUGACAAGAAGUUCACACCAUUGAUGGUUGCUAGCAAAUACGGUCGACUUGAAAUGGUCCGGGCUCUGUUUGGUGACCCUCGAGUGGACAUGUUCGCCAAGGAGCUUCGUGGCCUCACGGCUGUUGAGUUGGCCAAAGAUGAUGAUGUUCGGAAUCGAAUCGAUGACCUGAUCCUCUUCUCUGGCCAGCCGGCCGCGGAUGGCAGAAUCACAGCCGUCGUUCGAUCAUUCUUCGUCGAAGAUGCUACGAUCCGUCUCGUGGUCAAGUCUGGUGCACCAUCUGUCAAUCAGAGCUUUACAGUGACGACUUGUAGACGUUCUCUCGCCGACUUUGAACAUCUAGCCCAGCUCCUUGCGCUUGAGAACCCAGCAUCCUGGCUACCAUCGAUCUCAGGCAUGCGAUCGCCGUUCCAGCUGCCUUCGAAACCAUCGAGAGCCGUUUUGAGAGACAUUCAAAUCCGGCUGGAUGGAUUCUUGAACAUACUCCUGGCACAUUCAACGUUCUCGACGCAUGAGAUGCUGUGGGAGUUCUUUCUCGUGCCCGAUAUUCGAGCGGAUAUGAUGGAGCAGCGAAGUAAGUUGAAGUCUGAGGCCAGGAUUGAGACAGUCAGAGAAGAGUAUGAGCCAGUGGAAGAUAUAAGAGAUGUUGAGAGAUUCGUCGAUCAUGCCAGGGAUAUGGUGCGAAAUGUGAAUUACUCUACCAAGAGUGUCGCACGGAGAGCCAAUAUGGUGCAAAAUACAAACACCGGUAAGAUUUCCGCAACCCCAUGCCGGUUCGAUACUAAGCAACCAGUAGAUCUCCACAGCGCAUGGAUUCUUGCGUCACGGGCAAUCUCCACCCUCGAAGGUCUUCCCAAAACCCACACCUCGGCUCUAACGGCCUACGUCCAGUGCCUUACACCUCCCUCUAAUUCGCCUUACACGGCCUUCCACGCCACAAUUCUCUCCAUCCAUAGCACCAUCAUUGCCAUGCUCCUCUCGCUCUCUCGUCCCACCUCCCUCAUCUCCUCCAUAACAUCUUCUCGCAAAGCUAUCGAGCGCAACUACAACUCACUCUCACGCUCUACCCGCUGGCCGCUCGGCCUCCUGGACGACACUCGUCAGCGUCUGAACGAGGAGAAAGAAGAUAAGAUGCGUCGCACGAAAGAGGAAGCCGACGAGCUCGGGCGAGAGCUGAGGUAUACCCAACAAGUCGUUGCAGGCGAAUUAGCGGGUUGGCAGGAUCUUCACGAGAAAAUGGGGAGGAAAGCUAUUAGGGAUCUGGCGCGUGGGAUGUUGAUCAAGGAGAAGACGUCGCUCGAGGGGAUGAUGCGUGCGCUGAGGAAGUUGAGGAUUUCCAGUCCGGCUGUGGGUUCGGCUACCCCUUCUAUUUUGAGUGCGGAGGUUGAAGUUAAUGGAGGGCCGUCCGGUGGACUGGGACCGGCUGGGAUGUAA